CAGGAGUCCCACAGGAGAGUCAAAAGGAGAGCCUGGAAGGAAUUACGGCAUGGUCAUACUUCUGUGCAGACUGCAGAAAAAAGUCCAUCGCUGGAGGCAGAUAGGAGUUUCCAGGUUCUGCAGCACAUGGCAGGCAACCCAGAAUGUCUGGGCUAUCUGCUGAGAGGCUUGCUGACUCAUAUCUCCUCGCUGCUGCUUUUGCUGCAGAAAUUAAACGAGACGACGCUGCAUCGCAGUAUGGCAGCCCUCCUGCACAACGUCCUCAAGACUGCCAUUGAAACAUACGGAAGUCCCCAGCAACCUAUGGAAUCCGAAGAAAACGCUACUUUGCGUCGCAAGGAAUUAAGUGCCGCCCUGUGUCUUCUGCUCAAAGUCUGCCUCAGUCUGAUCCACGGGGUGCAUGAUCUCCAGUACACAGCCAUGGUCACCAUCAACAAGGUGAUAGACGCUUGUGUUGUUUACCGCCUCGCCCACGUCAGGGUAAUGGCGUCGGGAGCUCUGCGGCAUCCUUGCAGCGAAAGCGGUGGCCUCAGCCAUGAUGCUGGUCAUGGCCACCACCACCACAACCACCACCACCAACAGGGGACUGUGAACAUUGCGUCCUCAGAGACCGCAUCUUCGCGACCCGGCUGGAGCAGGACUCAACGCCUGGGAGCCAAGAGACUGGGGUCAGUGUGGCGACAUGCCGCAGGGGAACAUCUCGAACAGGUCCACAAGUCGCUUACCGAGGACUUUGACAAGGAGGAGAGUGUCAUAGAUGUACUGUCUAGUGCCCACGCUCUGUCCGUGGUGAAUAUUCUACACAAUUCUUUGACGCUCUACAAACGAGUUGUGGGCAGCAAACAACAGUGUUCUCCCAGCCAGAGAUGGCGACACUGCAGCUACCACUGCUUGCAGAUUCUGGCAGCCCGUGCACUGCUCUUCAUGGCGGAAGGACCAGAAGUACAGACUCAGUUAGCUCAGGACCAGCAGUUGCGCAUUUUGGCAGCGGCUCUGGACUCGACACAUGACCCGCAACUGCUGGUACUGGUGCUACAGAUCGUGGCGACACUCGCUUUGGAACCGCAACACCACAAGGCCCUCGUCGAACAAGGCCUGCCCGAUGUACUCAGUCAAUUGCUGUUGCCAUCCGACGAGUGGUACUACACCAAUCAUAGCACCAAAUAUGCGAGAUUUGUUAAACAUCACGCGGCCCGCACCCUCGUCUAUCUCGGUCUCCAGCACCGCGUUAACCUCCGAAUCAGCAUCUACGACAUACUUCAGGAUGAAGCACCUCCUCCUACUCCACUUAUGGAAUCUGAGGAGGACACGUACAUAAUCCUGACAUCAGCGCCACCGAGCAUGGUUGUAUGCCAGGAAACUAACAGGAUCUUAGGGCUGUCAGUUGAAGGCGCCAUUAUGCAUGUACUUAAAGCUCUUGAGAUGUCUAUCAGUCAAGGCACGACAUCCACAGAGCUAUCUACGCUCCACUGGGUACUCAGUGGGAGCUCCUACACCCACGCCUAUGUCCGAGGGCAGGUGCCAGCUAGAUGCCAGCCCUCCGACCCGUACUCAACAUUUUUCACUCAAAGUUUCCUGUCCUCCUUCCCCUGCGUGCUGAGCCCCGUGGUUCUCGUUAGGCUACUCCUGCAUCGACUUCUCACGACAGCCGCUCAUCUGCAGCGCUGGAAAAGCUGUGCUUCUCGCUCGAGCUUUGCCUCCGCGUCUGCCCACGAAGUUCCACGAAGUCCACGUAGCAGAGCCUCGUCCACGGACACUGAACCCAGCUCCCUCAGGAAGAGGAGAAAGGUUAACCUGACAGUGGACUGCUCUGGCAAUGAUCCGACCGGUGUAGGUGAUGACCUAACAGCCGUAGGCCGAGCCCGCUCGCUACAGCGACCACCACAUCAUCAGGUCGACCGUUCGACGUCCUUGGUGCCCCGGGACAGUGUGAGUAGUGUGUCAGGCCUGGGGCUGGAACCCGCCGUACAAGCCACACUGUUUGCCUUCUCGCAUCUUCUGCGCGGCGCCCCAUCCCGCGAGAGCCUCCAGAGUGCCCCCAGCAGUGACGGUCGUAAUACUCCGGUACCAGGAUCUCCGUCAGCAGUGGUAAACUUGCCGAUUAUCAGCCUCCACCAACACCACAAACCCCGGGCAUCUUUCCGAUUCUCGAGUGUGAGACACAGCAACCAGCGAAGGUCCAAGUCACAGGCAAACAUCGCGAAAGUGUCCCACAACGAGCAUCGUGACACGCCAGAGCAAGAGAUCCUGGCGUUUCAAAAGCAGCUCCAAAAUCUUCCAGACUUUGACUCCCCGGACCAUCCGACGAGUGGUCCAGGGUUUUCAGAUCCCGCCACAGCUGCCGCGGAGUUCCUUGCCAACAGACCGUACCUCCGCCCAAGGUCUCGUUCCAUGCCUCGAGUCACUUACGAGUCGUCGCGGUACCUCACGCUCCCGGAACUUCCGUGGCCUUCUUCCGGCGGUUCAGGUCGGAUGCACCGCGGCAGGUCCGCGGGAGCACUCGGUCUGCAGCCGGAACAUCACGGGCCGAUGGCCGUCAACAGCCCAGCCACGACGCCGAUAGAUGAGAAGGCGCCCCCUGUUUUGGGGAUGGCAGGGCAAUCUGUUCCGGGCACAGCGCCCUGCGCACCGAAUAGUCGGCGCAGUAGCCUCUCACCCUCGGACCGCACGGGCAGAAGACGGGACAGCCCUGCCUGUAUCGUGGUGGAGAUUCCACCAUGGCACCGGGCCAUCCUCAACUUCAUAGAGGAAUGGUUACGAUUGUCUCGUGUAGAACUGGACAGGAACGCCCCCCUCUGUCGAGAACUGCGUGAUUUCCUCACCAAAGUGUCUUCCUGUGGCGCGCCAUACCAGCAAUGGUGCGCCGAACUUCGCCAAGAAUUCCCCGCACUGUCACGUGAUCCUGACUUGGAAAGUAGCGACGACGUGGAGGUGACGGACCGGGAGUACUGCCAGGUAAGCGGCUUUAAUUUUGGCGAACUGGAUUUGACUUUUAAGCUGCUGCAGCUGGUUUUGGAUGGGGAUCUGCCGUGCAGCAAAGAGGAGGCCGCGUGUCUGGCCGGCAUCCAACUUCGCAUCGAGGAGUCAUGGGGGCGAAGGUUCCCGGGAGGCACAUCUUCUACCACGCAAAACCUCCCCGCACCCGUCUCACCUGAUGACCCCUCUACUUUGCGACCCAUCUCUGAGGACAAGGAGAGCUUCCUUCUCCCGGUACCUAGCUUCAGUGCCGGCAACAUGGCACGGCCCGUGAGCCCCUUGGCUGAGGAGACGGAGGCAGGAAGCGAAGAAGGUGACGCGGAUGUUGGAGGAAGCGGAAGUGGUGGUGGCAGUUCUUGGAGGCGAGCGGGGACGACUUCGACUUCUUCUGGGGGCCUGCGUGGCAUGCAAGGCGGGCAGCUGAAGAACACCAGUAGUCUCCUGAGGAAGUGCUACCCAUCCAGCUCAACGCAAGUCCCGUUUUUACCUGCCGGCCGCCUCGAGGACUGUUUGCCGCCCUGUUACCAUGGUGCUAAGACAAUGGCGAAGCUCAUCAAGGAGCAGAAACGUAAACUUUUCCAUACUUCAGUCUACGACUCCGAGGUGCAGUUGAAGAAGCUGUAUAUCCAGACUUGCAAGAGACUUCCUGCUCACGGUUGUAAGGUCUAUCAAGUCAAAGAACUCCUCCGUGGGAAGACGAAGAAGAAGGCUGCCAGGUUACUAGGAUUGGGGCCAGAGAAAAUUGUCCUUCUAGAUAAUAAGACCAAGAUCUUAGCAAAAUCUCAAAAUACAGCUGAUCUCGUUCAGUGGCGUACUUGCGGAGGCCGUUCCCAUGACAGAUUGCAACUGGAGUUCAGGGCUACGCGCUGGUCGCUGGUUGUGCCCACUGUGGCCGCAAUGCGCGAGGUGGGUUUGGCCCUAUGGGAGAUCCUCCAGGAGCUCGACUCCCACUUUCUGGAGGAGCACGCCCUCCUUCGACGAUUCGGCCAACAAGAGCUGGUGAAGCGGUCACUGCUGACCCUGCAGGUGGCGCACUCAGAAGAGCUUGAGGCGUUGCAGAAGCUGCUUCACUUCCCAGAGGAGGUGGCGUUGCGGCUGGCCGACACAGAGUAUCACCUGUUCUACCAGGUCCCGCCUAUAGAUUACUUACGUCAAGUAACACUAGACCUCGGUGGUGGUACCGGUGAUGUUCCCACUUCUGCGUCGGGACCUGGUCCAUCCGACCAUCCACACCAACCAGCCGCAGAGAGCGCCACCUCUACCUCCGCAUCGGCCGCAAGGCCUUCAGUCCGCAGCCUCAUCAAACGCUUCAAUGAGGUGAGCUCGUGGGUGACACACCUCAUCAUCACACAGCCCACACAUGAUGACCGCAAGGCUGUCCUGUCCUGUAUCCUUCGAGUGGCACUAACAUGUUGGAACAUUGGAAACUUUAACGGUGCCAUGGAGAUUGUUGCCGGACUAAAGUCAAACAAGCUGAAACCAUUCUGGCUGUCGAUCACAGAGAAGGAAGCGCUGCCAGUGCUGGAUUUCCUGUCAGCUGCACUCCUCUCUGCUGAGUAUGAGAGGGCCCUGGGUCGGGCAUUAGCAAUGCCUGAAUGCCCUGUGGUACCGUUCUUCGGAGCAUUCCUACGAGAGUUGCGAGAGAUCUUGGCUUCUACCCCUAGUCUGGUGGUGCUGGCCCCAACGGGGGAACACACUCGCCUGGAGGUGAGACCUCCUUCUGGCACCGCAUUGAACCGUCCUCAGCGCCAGCGCACUCAGCACCGCCACUUUCAUGGCCGCCAUCCUGUGUUUAUCUCAGACUAUAAUGGUGAGGACCAUUAUUUCACGCGGAUUGGACCUGGGGGCCUAAUCAAUUUGGACAAGAUCUAUCGUACUCAGGCAGUCAUGGAUCGUAUUGCUUCAUUCCACCAGCACUAUCACGCACGGGGGCGGGAAUCAGCACACAACCUAUUUCGAGACCAACUCAGUAUACACACAUCCAGCAUUGAGCGUUCGUAUCUCGUGGAUGAAUCGGAGGAUCACGACUAUGACCUUGAUCUUGAUACGUACCAACCUGUACAGUCCCUUAGCAAUGACCAUGGUGUCAGCUUUUUUCCCAUCUCUGCUCCUCAUAGUGGAAUUGAUCACCAUGUACUACAGGUGCUACACCAUGGAAGCACAGCAGUGCACUGGGAUGCCGAGGGAGGUUCACGGACAGCACUGGUGUAUGUCAGGUUGGAACGAAGUUGUGCCACUCUGACAUGGAGCCGCCCAGGAUGGAGUGGGCUGCGAACUGGAACAGGUGGAAGUGGCUCUUCUCCAGAUUACAGUUUGUCAGCAAACCCAGAAGAGACAGUGGCUCCAGGUCUAGCAAUGAAGUUGUCUGCACCAGGUGAAUCUGCAGGAGUGGCACUAGAAGAAGGCUAUUUAGACCUGGCCAUCGUCAAGGAGAUAGUGCUAGGAGGUCGAGACAGGGAUAAAGAUCCUGAUCUUGCUACAGCUUGUCGCCGUUACGGCCUCGACCGAUUUACUGGUUCUGAAUGCUGCCUGUCACUCGUUUAUGGGGUGAAUCUCAGUGAUAAUCGUGUGCUCUUCCUCCUCUGUCCACCCACACUCUGCAGGAUGUGGUAUACUGGCCUAUGUUGGGUGGUACGAGGACUGAAACGACAGCUCCAGCUGACAGAUCGGCGGAUGUUGUGGCUCAAAGAGCAGUACUUGCAACUAUACUUUGAAGAAGGUUGCUGUGGGCCUAUGACAGCUGAUGCUAUUCGGGUAUUUGGUGGACGAGAUUGGGCUUUGACUGGUAAUGUGGGUGGAAUGUCUCCUCCUGAUAAUGGGACCUUACGUCGUGGAGCCUCUGUAAAGUUCAAGAAAAAGAAGUCUAUAGGCAACAUACAGGCUCUAAAGGAUCUUGGUCUAAAACAUGAUACUGGACCUGAUAUAGGAGCUGGUAUCAGUAUGGGCUCAAUGUACCUACGGCGACCUACAGGAAUAUCUGGUGGACCAAGUCCUGGAUCAGGUCCAGGUUCUAGCACUUUCAUUACAACUCCACGUUCACGUUCUAUCUCUAGUGACAUUGAGGUCAGGCAAAGUCUUCUGGCCAGUGGUGCAAGUCCACAAGGUUCCAAUGACAACCUCGACAAACUUUCUUCCUGCAGUCCGACCCAUCACAGUGCCUAUGGAUUACAAAGGGAGAAAGGAAAAAUGGUUGGAGGGCCUGAGCAGAUUUGGCAGAUGCGGCAUUUUCGAGCUGGUUCCAUCACGCAUGAGACUCAGCUUGAUUUUGUGGACUUUGUUGCAUUGUUUCGAUCAUUCAGUUUACGAGCACGGAAGGACCUAAGAGACUUGUUUGACCAGCUUGCAAUUACAUGUCGAAGCAUGUCUGAUAGUUCGCUAAAUGAUGGAAGUAUCAAAAGUUCACCAGAACAUGCAGCAAAGCCACCACAAAGAAUUGGUUUGUUGACCAGAAAUAGUUCUCUGGACCUGUUUGAGUACAAGAGCUCUGCUAACCUGCAGAAGAAAAAGAUCUUUGAUGCAAUUGCAUCAGCAAGCAUUGUUUCAAACUGUGCUGGAGUAGACACAUCAAAAUCCCAGGUGAUCACUCUUGCCACCUUUGUCAAGUUCCUGGAAACUCGACAGAUGGAGCAACACACCGAGGAUGAAGUUAAGGCACUGAUACAGCGGCAUGAACCAGAUCCCUUACUUCGAGCCCAGUGCUGCUUAUCCUUUGAAGGGUUUGCUCGUUUUCUCAUGGACAAAGACAACUAUGCAUUUGUUAGCGAACGUCUUGGACCUGAUGAAAGUGAGACAGACCAGCCCCUGUCUCACUACUAUAUUGCAUCAUCACAUAAUACCUACCUCACAGGGCACCAACUCAAAGGCGAGUCUUCCGUUGAAUUAUACAGUCAGGUGCUUCUUACUGGCUGCCGUUGUGUGGAGCUGGACUGUUGGGAUGGAGAUGAUGGGUCUCCUCUCAUCUAUCAUGGCCACACAUUCACCACAAAAAUCCCAUUUCGAUCUGUGGUAGAAGCUAUCAACCGCAGUGCAUUUGUAACAUCUCCUUAUCCAGUGAUUUUAUCCAUUGAAAAUCAUUGUUCUCUGCAACAGCAGGCUCGAAUGGCUCAUAUUUUUCAGUCUGUGUUCGGUGAAAAACUUGUGACCAAGUUCCUGUUUGAGACUGACUUUAGCGAUGAGGUCCAGUUGCCAUCUCCUUCCCAACUUCGAUAUCGUAUUCUAAUCAAGAACAAGAAGCUGACAGCUGAAAUACCAGCUGGACCUGCAGCGGUGGCAGCAGCAGCCGCUGCCAGUGCAUCUGUAAGACAUGGAAGCAGUUCCCACACACCUCUCCGUGGUGCCGGCAGCAUGAGUAGCAAGCACACAUCUUCUGGGAGGGCAAGUUCCAUAAUUUCCAACACAAGUGGAGGGUCUGCAAAUGAUGACUUCAGUGAUGACGACGAUGAUGAUGAUGAUGAUGAUGAUGAUGAGAAUCUAGAAGAGAAAGUGUUAAGUUUGGCAAUGUACACAACAGAAGACAAAAAUCUCAUCAAGUCUGCGUCAAUGGGGCCACCCCGAACAGACUCCAUCUCAAGCCAUGAGAGUAUGAUCCGAUCAGAAAGGGCCAGCAUGGGGAUGAUUGGUCAGCUCCCUCGUGGACAGCCCUAUAAGAUUCACACUGGAGAUACAGACUGGACAGACGUGGAAGAUUCUCAACCACAGAAACCCAAGAAACAGAGCAGCCAAAUUGCUAAAGAACUAUCAGACAUGGUAAUAUAUGUCCAGGCAAUUAAAUUUCGUGGGCUGAACACCAUCAGCCCCAACAGCUCAGUUAAAUGCAAGAGAACAGGUGGUCCAGUGGCUGCCACAGUCAUUAUGAAGAAGAGCAGUGUUGGUGCUGUGACCAUGCCGCCCCCCACAAUCAUCACCAGCACUCCAGCCACGCCAACAUCCGCUGUCACACAGGCUUCCAGUGGGGGCUCAGUGUCACUCUCCACAACUUCUGGCAUUGGCAGCAGCAGUACUGCCACAGGCUCCACAGCUUCUGAACAGCAACAUUCCUAUGCGAAGCAACGUGCCAAUAUUCACCACCCAUGCUACCAGUGUUCUUCCCUUAAUGAGAAUACAGCCAAGAAGCUUUGCCGCAAACAACCUCAUGCCCUAGUGGCUCAUACAGAAACACAGUUGAUGAGAACAUAUCCUGCUGGAAUGAGAAUAGACUCCUCCAACUUCAAUCCAGUCAUCUUUUGGGCCUUCGGUAUUCAGAUGGUAGCACUGAACUAUCAGACUGAAGAUGCAGCCCUGCACCUGAACGCAGCCAUGUUUGAACAGAAUGGUCGCUGUGGGUAUGUGUUGAAACCGUCAGUGAUGUGGGAUCGUGGACACAUGAUGUACCGGCGUUUCAAUCCAUGGGACAAAGAGUUUGAUGGUCUACAUUCAUCACAUCUUAUUCUAAAUGUGGUAUCAGGACAAUAUGUGUGUCAGAGUAACCUGACAGCAAGCACAUAUGUAGAGGUGGAAGUAGUGGGGAUUCCAGUGGACUGCAACAAGCAGAAAACUAAAGUGAUACAGAGGAAUGCACUGAACCCUAUCUGGAAUGAUACUUUCUUCUUCCAGGUGAUGUUUUGUGACUUAGCAUUCCUUCGUUUCAGUGUGUUAGAAGCAGGAGCAAACCAUCUAUUAGCACAGCGUGUGUUACCGCUCAAGUGCCUGCGGCCAGGAUAUCGUCACGUGAGACUCCGCUCCCCGCAGAAUCAGCCCCUGCAACUCUCCACCCUUUUUGUAUAUUCCCGAGCUGAGGAGGAGAGUCUGGACUAUAAUGGGAGCUCUGUGGAGAAUGGCGAUGCAGUACACAUGGCUGUAAGGGGUAGUCUGGGUGGAACCUCGAAGCAUGGCCGGGACAGUGUUUCAGAAGCAGUGGCCAUAAAGAAGAAUCACCCCUCUGGUAGUGGUGCAGUGCCACUCAAGAGGAGAAUGUUCUUCUUGAUGGUGCAUGGUGUUCUAAAGAUCACACAAGAGAGUACCACUCAGGAGGUGGUGUUGCAAGCACUGCAGAAGGCUGGCCUGGGUGCAGAGAGAGUUCAUGACUAUAUUCUGGUAGAGGAGGUGGCAAGGAGCUGGGAGAAGAAAGACAGGGAUGUACCUGCCACGCAGAGAGUAUUAGACCUACAGGAGAGGCCACUACAGGCACAAGCACAAUGGCAAGGUGAGGGUCGCUUUUUACUUAAGAGGAUGGGAGAUGAUCCCAGCAGUAGGGCAUGGUUGUCAUCUAUCCGAAGUACUGCAGGGCGAGAGCGUCGCUCCAUGCCAUCCUGUAUGGGAAGUGAUGCUGCGGGGCCUGGAGUGCCAUCUGACACCUUGCAUCAAGAACAGCAACAACUCCGUACCUGGGAAGAGGCUGACACAUUCUUAGUGUGCGUGUAUAAUGUCUCGCCAGAGAUCCCUUAUGCCAUUCUUAAAGUUCCACUAAGUUCAUGUGCACAGGAUGUAUUAGCACAGGCACUAGUAAAGGCAAGGCGAAUGGAGGACCCUGCGAGAUUUGUACUGGUGGAAGAACUAGAGUGGGGUGGAACAGGUGGUGGGAGUGCAACUCGUCAGCAACGAGUAUUAGGAGAUGAUGAAAAUGUAUACAGUACACAGGCACACUGGCAGACUCUGGGGCGGUUUAUAUUGAGGGAACGUGACCAGGUGACACCACCAUCUGGAAGACGUCAUCGUGUGGCAGCAAAUUUGCGUACAGCCACUCUUGAAAGGCUCAGUAAAGGCCUCUAUGUUGGACAUAGGGCAAGCAUGGGUGGAGGGAACAAGGAAAAGGUUCCAGUGCAGGAAGCUUUAAGUGAUCCUACUACAACCCGUAGUACUAAGCCAAAAUUUCCCCCAGUAGGUGAUGGGAUGCGAUUAGGUAGUGGACGAGUGAUUGCAUUAACUGACAGGGGUAGAUUAGCCAGGGCAUCUGUGCCACAGCAAACCCGAGAAGUGCAUUCAGAGGGUGAAACUCUCAGUGAUGAUGAUACAAGAGAUGCAGACCUCAUGACUACUGUGUCACGACUAAAGAAGGUCUCCCUUAGGAAACUUCGGGUGUGGAAAUCUUGAAGAAUGCUUGGAUUUAGUCUGGAACAAUUGUAGGAGGCCCAGCACUAUUGACAUAAAGUAAACCCCAUCACACUCACCUGGAGCAGGUUACAACUCUUCUAGCAACAUGUACAGACCAGCAGUACAAAGACAAGGAAACAGUUUGCCUUUAUAAGUAUUCUUGUAUGUAACAUGUCAUUGUAUUCCAUUUCCAAGCUUCAUCUGUAAGAUGCUACCAAACUUAGAAACAUUAGACUGAAUCCAGCAUUUUCUGAGGCUUGAAUCUGCAGGUACAUUUGUUAAUAUAGCACCUGCUCCUUGUCUUACACAACUGGUUUGUAAUUAUUUCUAGGAGUUUUGUAUGGGUUUUGUUGUUGCCCACAUCUAGUCAUAAGAAACUUUCUGUGAUACUUUUACGUACUGUGUACAAUUCGCAUCCGAUACCUCAUAUUAUGAGUUGUUGACCCCAAUUCUGCAGCCAUGACCCGUACAUAAUCAUCCACCUCCUUCUCCUGUUGUACUUGCAUCUAAAGUACAGCUUUACUUUCAGUCUUUCAUACUCGUUUUAUCUGAUAUAUGUGCUCCUUUCCAACUAUAUGCAAAACAAAUUUUUAAUAUAUUUUUUGUUACAUUUGUCACAUCCAUUUAUCUUUAUACAUGCACAGAGUUUUUUAUAUUUAUUGUUGAUAGCUGUAUUGCCUCGCUGCUCUUAUGUACAGUUCAGUGUUGUCUGUUUCCUAUUUAUUACUCAACUUUUCUCAAUAUGUCUGGUGAAAUGUGACAACUGACAAAUAAGUUUCUGUUUCUUACAUCAUAUAUCCUUGUCAUGGCUCAUUGUCUUCUGGAGAGAACAUUACAUUAGAAUGUUACCUUAAUAACCAAACUGAGGUGGCAUGCAUAUCGGGUACAUUUUGCCAGGCACUGCACUGGACCAGUGAUCAUUGUGAUGAGUGAAAUUUAUGACUGAGCAUGGGAAGAAUGCUGUCACUGUUGUGCUCUUAUCAGUGUUUCCAACUGAGAGGCCUUUGAUGGACGGUUCCCAACCUUAAUUAUUUUGAUUUAUAGAAAAUUAGGAUUUUAAUUAGAUCUUGGUAAUUAAUAGCAUUUUGUACCCUUCACAUGUCACUGCCACACAGUAUCAUCAUUUUGCAGUCAAUGGCUAAGUUUAAUCAGUUAAAUUGAGGACCUAAAUGUUUUAUUAACCUUUACUGACCAUGUCAUGGCAUAUAUGGGUCCAAUGGCUGUGUUUCUCAGUGGCAUACUGUUAACUCAUUAAAUCUCAGAGUUAAAGUGUGGCUAGCAGCCCCACUAUCUCAUAAUCCUGCAUAAUAAAUAUAAUAAUGUUGUUCAGUACCUUGUUUAAAAUUGAAUUUACAUGAGAGUAUAUUUUAGUUCUAAAUGCAAUUCUUGUAUAACAUCAUACAGUACUUCUUCCAAAACUGAACUGUUUUAUCAUGCAAAAUAGCUUUUUAGUGGAAUUAAUAAUACCAGUCUUUUUUCAAAAUUUGUCACUUAUCAGUUACCACUUUGAGAAAAAUAGUUUAAUAUUUUGCUGUUAGAAGCAUUACUCACUCCUGCAUUUUUGUUUUACAUCAGAAUUCAUUUAAAAUUAUCCACAAUGAUAAAUCUCCAUAUCUUAGAUGUAUCUAAUGAUUUCCUUAAAAAGCCACAUUCUUGCUUGUGUUCAUCUUUUAAUACAAUGCUAGUCAGAAUAUCACCAAUAAAUAAUUACCACUUGCUUCCCAAUCCAUCAGGUUGUCUGUAGAGUUCGUUCAAGGAAGUUGAAGUGAUAAGUAAGUAUCAAAACAUACAUCACAAAUUGGUUUAAUUCCUCUUUAUUUGAACUGUAUCAAAAUCAUAUUUUAAGCACACAUUAAUCAUUUUUGGAACUCAACCCAGCAUAUUAAAGAUUAAGGCAGAAUAACUGUUAUACAGAAUAACAAAAGCAAGAAAGAACCUUUUCAUUGUCCACUGUUUAUCCAUGUUGCGUAUUCCUUUUAGGUCUUGAAGUCAGAGAAUAUUCUCGGGUACCAGUAAAUGUGUUAAGGAUGAGAGUGCAUAAUAGACAAGACAGGUUGCCAGAUCAACAUUUAUGAAGAGUGAGUCUUUACAACUAUGAUUGCCUCUGAUUUGUCACUCUUUUCAUUUGACGUUGAUAUGUGAAGAUUGAGGAAGCAUGCACUCCCAAACCAUCCAAAACCCUUCUUCAAUUGACAUGACGUAUGACCCCAAAAAUAUACAUACCUCUAACAAAAAUGGCUGUAAAAUUAAUUUUCACAUCCACAGCUAGUACCUGGAAUUCUUUGACCCCCAGUAUUUAUAAUUUCACUAUUUAUUAUAUGUAUUCUAAGUGCUUUAAGUAGAACUUGUAUUAUGUAACUGACAUUUGUGUCUGUGAUAAUUUAGUAAUUUAUUUGCUUCGCUAAAUAAAUAUUAGAAUGAGAGGUAGGAAGGGCUAGCAUUAUAAGUGAUGCUUUUCAAAUCAUGCAUUGUAUUAGAGUAUGUGUAUGUUUAAAAAUCAUGUUGUUGCUGAUUAGAGUCAAAUUAAGUAAGUCAUAAAGUGAUUACUUGUAUCUUUAAAAUUACACUGUUUGGGUAAUAUAAAUACAGUAUUUCCCAUACAAUACAGAAUCCUACUGGUUGGGAACCGCCUAGUUUAUUUGUUCAUACAUAUAUACCUGAUGUGUUAUAGCUUACAGUAAUUUACUACAAAAUUUUGUGCCCAAUAUUAACAACAAAAACAAGUUUUAAAUUGUAAUAUUUUGUAUUUGCUGAUAUGUGAAUAUCAGACUAUAAAAUAUACAUCAAGAGAGGGAAGAGAUGUAUAUUGUUUUAGCCAAUUUUGAUAUCUGAAUGCACCAAAAUAACACAAGAAUGUAUUUCACCAUAUUGGACAUGUGCAUUGUUGCAUUUUAUGAUGAUCCACAGAGUAUAAGUGCUCAAAUAACAAUGCAGUGGUUUUUCUUGGGGAGACAAUCAGGUUGCUGAGAGAAGGGGGGUGGGGGGGCAAUUUAUUUCUUGCUGUACCAGAGUAUACAUCAUGGUGGCUGUGAAACUAUGUUACACUGAUAAGAGGGCAUGUUUAUGUUUCCUUGACGUCCAAGGCACAAAGUUGUAAAGCACAGUGUUAUUUAUAUAUUAAUUAAUUUUUUAAGUGUUAUCAUAAUUUCAUUCCAGCACCAAUAAACACUGUGUACAGGAUGUCUAAUAAAGUUGGAGUAUAUCUUUAUGCAUGAGAGGAUUUGUUAACUUCUGUUCGUAAGAUCAAGUGCACCGACUACACAAUAAACUGAUAAUUAUUUUAAUAGCCUAAGUUAUGACAUAAUUUUCAUAACUUGGAAAAACAUCAUACAAGAAGAAACUGCACUUCUUCCAACAUACCAGUUGCAGCAAGAUAAACUUAGCUGUGCUCCAUAGAAAUUACAACUAGCAUCCCAAGUCCUCAUCAGAUGGUGGAACUUACCUCUUACAGGAAGUCACAAAUUCUGAAACUUAGAACAUAAUAUAGACUGCACAGUUUGUAAUGGAACGUGGCAACUAAAUAAUUUCCAAUCUGCUGUUGGGUCAGUGUUUCUUAUGCAGAUCUAAGUUUCUGCCAAGCCACAUAUUCUUUAGACCUAAUUGUAAGUUUGAAAUAUAUUUAGGCAUAUCAGAAUUAUGGAUAUUGUGAUCUCUCCAGCUAUAAACAUGACAGGGAAUAUCUUGUAAAUAAAUAGAAUGUCCAUAAAAGUAUGAAGUUUGUUAAUUGUUAAUACUAUAAAACAUAAUUUUACUUUUUAUUUUAAUAAUUUUUUAAAUAAAUUUUAUACAUAACAUGCACUAUAAUGUUAAUAUGUAUUGCUAACAUUCUUUAUGUCAACAUUUUAGGUUCAUGAAAGAAUUAUGAAAACAACAGUAUGUUAAUCAGAAAUCUCACCUUUUGAUGCAUAAAUUGACUUGAGUAAGAUUAAUUUAGUAUAUGUACUUACAAGAAUCCUACUAUUCUCAUAUAACCAAUUUUAUUCAGGAAAAGGGACACAAAUAUCUGCAUGGCACAUAUGUUUAUUUAUAUUGUAAUUCUGAGCUAUUAUCUUAAUUUUUAAAGUAAUGUAGUACAAUGACUUUAAAUAAGUACACAUAAUUAGAUACACACGUGUGAUAUCUGUUCCUCUUCAGGCUUUAUUUAAUGACUUAGCCUACUUUAAUUAACUGUUAGUUUUCCUGCAACUGAAGUUUUAAAGUCCAUUGCAAGCUUGUCACUGGAGAUAAAUAAAAUAUGAUAGUCUCACUUCCAGGAUAUGGUGGAAAUAUAUUGAUAAUUCUCUGAUUAUUAUAAAUACAGUAAGUAUAAAAAGCCUUCCUGUUACAUUCUGAAUUCCAAGAUAACGUCCAUAAAUAAAAAGAUGCAAAAUGUUUUGCAAAUAUACUUGUAUAUAUUGAAAUUAACUUAUACUUUGAGGCCUUUCUCAAUGAGAUUUCCAAGUGUGCCACGCAGCCAAGACUAACAAAUUCACACAUGUCCUAUAUUCAAAGAUGCCCAAAAAUGAUAUAGGUGAAGACUUCAUAAAUGUAUCCUGAUUGUAUACAGCUCUGUUACAUAAUUUUCUCAAUUUAAACUUUGGCUUUCAGAGUAUCUCCCUGGUUAUAAACUUUAAAUACUGUACUUCCUGAAAUACUAUAAUUAAUUGAUGACCAAAGUAUAAGAGUUAAUUUAAACUACAGUAAUGUAAUGUUUUAAAAGUUAACCCAUUAUAACAAAGCUGUCUGCAUUUGGGAGUAAGUACAUUAAAAUUCUGAUCACUAGAAAUUUUGACCUAUAAAUGUUGAUAUGAAGAGCAUGCUGUGCCUAUCUUGUGAAUCUUUUCUUCUUAUUGCAAAUCCCUACUGGAGGAAUUUGGUUACAUUUUCCAGUAACAUGUUACAUAAAGUGAAGUUAAAAUCGAUGGUUGCUGGUGUGUCCUACCUAUUAAUUACAGAUAACAUUAAAAUGUUAAUUUCACAUGAGUAAUAGUGCAGUAGAUCUGUCACAGAUUCAGUUUGCGCUAAAGAAGUUCUGAACCAAGAAACACUGACCCUGAUGGUAACAUGUCAAGUUUUGAGACAGUAGCAGUGUGCAGUUUAAUGCACAGCAAACUUUAAAUUGUUAUCCAUUUCAAUGUAAAUGUCGAUAUUGUAGAUUUUUAAGUCAUGAUACACAAAACAUGACACAGUUAAUGUACAUAGAAAACACAUUUCACUAUCAUAUAAUAUUACAUAUUUAUAAAUACUGUAACAUAUAGAAUAUAAGAGUUCUUUUUCUGUGUUACAUUAGACAUAGUCCAGUACUGUGCUAGAAUUUAUAUUUUUGGGCCACAGUGUAAGAUGUCUCUUACACAGUAAUCCAAGGAAUGUAUUACAAGAUGGAAAUAACAGGAGAAAAAGAAGGUAGACAAAUGUA